GACAUCGAAAAAUGUGUGAAGAUUUAAAUUUAUUAAAGCAAGGAGCUGGAGCGAAGCUGUACAUCUGUAAUUACCUCGGGAAACCUACGCUAAUCAAGGAGAGGUUUGAGAAGAAAUAUCGGCAACCCGAACUAGAUGUCGCUAUAACUAAAGAGCGGAUAAAAAAUGAAGCUAGAGCCAUCGUCCGCUGUAAAGCAGCAGAUGUCAAGACUCCAGCUUUAUAUUUAGUAGAUUUCGAGCGUAGACGCAUAUACAUGCAACAUUUCAUACACAGCAUUACAGCGAAAGACUUCAUAAUAGACAUUUUUACAAAACAUCAUCAGAAUGGCUCGGGCGAUGGACCAAACAGCCUUGACAAAAUUGCCGUACUAAUCGGGCAAACUGUGCGGAAACUACAUGAUAAUAACAUCGUUCACGGAGAUUUAACUACGUCAAAUAUGUUAUUAGUUAAUAACUUAAAUGAUUCCAAUUGGUCAGAUGUAGAUAAUCUGGAAUUGGUCAUGAUUGAUUUUGGAUUGUCAUCGUUCGAUACAAGUGCGGAAGAUAAGGGGGUGGACUUGUAUGUCCUAGAGAGGGCGCUGAUAAGCACCCACAAUGACUACCCGGAGAUAUUUAGCAAAAUCCUGGAAGCGUAUAAAAAUUACAGUAAAAAUAAUGUAAAGGAGAUUAUUGGCAAGUUUGAAGAAGUCAGAGCCAGAGGGAGAAAGAGAACAAUGGUGGGAUAGAGAUGGUUGUAAAUAAAAAGUGUUAUACAUUUAA